GUAAUUAGCAACAAUAAUCGAAUUAUAAGCCAUCAGAAGGGUCUGAAAUGUCAGGUGAUCAAACUGCAUCUCCAAAUCCUGGCAUGGAUCCCUACCAGCGCCUUCAGAUCGUCCUCAACCCUGACGGUACGAUCACUCGCCUACGCGAAAUUCCAGAGACCCCACCCACAUCUGAUCCGAGCCUUGGUAUUCCAGUUCUCUCAAAAGACAUUCCCAUCAACCAAUCAAACAACACCUGGGUCAGACUCUUCCUUCCGUCGGAAGCACUAGAUAACUCACCCACUAAGCUACCCCUCGUAGUUUACUACCAUGGGGGAGGGUUCAUCAUAUGCAGUCCAGCCUCAUCAAUUUUUCAUGAUUUUUGCGUGAAUAUGGCGAUCGAACUCCGUGUGAUCAUCGCAUCGGUCGAGUACCGGCUUGCACCGGAGCAUCGCCUGCCUGCGGCGUAUGAUGAUGCCGUGGAAGCGUUGCACUGGAUCAGAACCGCCAAAGAUGAUUGGUUAAGAAAAUAUGCUGAUUUUUCUUCUUGUUUUCUCAUGGGCAGUAGUGCUGGGGGUAACAUAGCCUACCAUGCAGGUCUACGUGCAGCUGACGAAGUUGGCCAUCUAGAGCCGUUGAAGAUCCGAGGGCUGAUAUUGCAUCAACCAUUUUUUGGUGGGAUCCAGAGGACUGGGUCAGAGCUGAGGCUUGUUAACGAUCCUGUUUUGCCACUGUCUGAAAGUGACCUUAUGUGGGAGUUGUCCCUGCCAAUUGGGGUUGACCGCGAUCAUGAGUAUUGCAAUCCGACGGUGGGCGGUGGAUCCAAGCUCUUAGAGAAAAUCAAGGUGCUAGGAUGGAGGAUUUUUGUGAGUGGUUAUGAUGGGGACCCAUUAUUUGACAGACAGGUGGAGUCGGUGAAGAUGUUGGAGCAGAAGUUUGUACAAGUGGUGGCUCAUUUUGGUGUUGGAGGUUCUCAUGGGGUGGAAUUUUCUGAUCCCCAGAAGGCCAAGGCAUUGUUUAGAGUAGCUAAGGAUUUUAUAUUAUCUUGCUCGGGUGCAUAGGACAUGUCUAGCUAAUGAUGUUCAGUUUUUGAAUUAUGCUGCUAAAUAUAUGUUAUUUAGGAGCAAGUUUAAUAUUUCAAUUUUUUUGUUUUCUUGUCAAGAAUAUCGAGUUCUUAAGGUGAUUUGCAGCUAGGGGAUAUUUUUCAUGUAAGCUUUUUACCAUAUCUUUUGGUUUCUUUAUAAAAUCUUUUGUUUCUUGAAUAA